AUGUUCAGCUCUCAAAUUUCGAUUCUUAUACUGGCAACUAUCGGAGUGGUCGCAUCGCAGACAUGUAAUUUCCAAAAGUCGGCUGUUAAGGCAAAUUGGAAAAUCGUAAAUGGAGCAUUGCAAAUUCAGUAUCAGAAUAAUCGAAUUACAAAUAAUCAAUGGACAGCAGUUGGAUUUGGUCCUGGAAUGUCCAACUUGAACGUGAUCGUAUUCAUGGUUCAAAACGGACAAAUCACCACUCGAACCGGAAGAACCACUGGAUACGGACCACCAGUUUUCGACAAUCAAAACAACAUCAACGUAUCAAUGGCAAAUCACUCUGGCUCAACUUUGAAUGCUCUCGUUUCUGUACCAUUGAACUUCAACGGAAUGAAUGUUCAGAAUUGUCAGACUUGGAAUUUUGUCCAAAGCGGACCAAUCAACAACGGACAAAUGGGAGUACACACAUCCAGACCGGAUCAAGUCAACAAUGUUUGCGCGUCACAGUGUAGAUGA